AACGGUUUCGGUUUCGGUAUCGGUUUCGAUUUUCAAUUUAAGUUUCGUUUUCUAGCCGAGGGCUAGAGCCGUGAUUUUUUUCAUUGACAAUGUUGCGUUUGUCCAGUUCCACAUAUAGUUCCAUAUGCCUUCUUGUCUUCUUGAACUUCGUGUGGUUGCUUUUUCUGACGACGCCAACAGUCUACGCCAGGCCAGCUGAAUCCGCUCCUGGAAAUGGGAUGCGGCAUAUCACCAGCUUCGUUAGCCAAAAUAAGAAUAAUUAUCCUCGGCAGGAGUUCGAUUUCGAGCAAAAUGAGGCAGAGACCAGUAAUUCCGUGAAGGUCCAACAGUUAUUCCUUGGUUUGUUGAAAUUGCCCGAAAAGGCAAAUGCCAGUGUCGAUUUGUCCUUCGACACCGAUGACGAUCCGGCCACUGAGCGAAUUACUCUGGACGACGACCUGGAGCUGAUGGCCAUCGGUGAGCAGCAUGAGGGCUCCACCGAGGCGCCCGAUACCUGGAACCGCAUCAAGCUGGCUAUUCCGGUUCUGGAACCGGUGAGACACCUGUUGGCUACGGUUGGCGGUGGUGGGGUUAACAACACCCAUGUGGAGACCAAUCGUCACCGGCUGGUUGGCCACGAAGGAGUCCAUCAUCCGCAUGUCAGUGGAAACGCCAGCUCUUCGGCCAUCGAAACGGAGGAGGACCGUGAGACGGCCAUCGAUAGCACGGGAUUUGAUGUCCUUGAGACUCUGGGAACUGCGGGUACUGUAGUCUGGGGAAUCUUGCAGAAUCUGCGGAAGCUUUUCGCGGCCAGCGCUGGAAAUGCCAGCUCAGUGUCAUCGGGAGGUGGCGGUGGCGGUGGAGCUAACUAGUUGAAAUCCCUUUCGUGGCACGUGUGUUCUGUGAUUAAUAUUAGCCCUAAGUUAAUAGUUUUUCCCACACAUUUGGAACUUACUAAUAAAAUGAACGAAAAAUCGGUUAAUUACGAAAUAAAUAAUAUCGUUGUAAUUAUUUAA